AGGGUAAAUGGGGGUAGGACCCUUGGUCAGCCGAUCCCAUGGGCCAAGCGGCGCCGAAGAAGGAUUUCCUUGCGCCACGAGCUUCUUCGGCGCAGAAGGUCAUCUUGCUGGGCGACCUCGGGGCUCCUGUGCAUCAGCCGGUGGGCAAGACCAGCUUGCGCCGGCGCUGGGCCGGGGGAGAGUUUCCGUUCACCGCGGACGUGAUGGAAGCCGACCUGGCGAUUGUGAGAGUCGAGUUGAAGCCCAAGCCCCAGGAUGCGACGCUUACCAUCUUCGAUACUGCGGGUCUCGAGCGCUGGGGGAGGUUUCGCUCGGCGUGUCAUCCGGGGUACUUUCGCAGAGCGGCUGGGGUCUUCGUGGUGUUCGACGUCACCUGCAGACAGAGUUUCCAACACGUGCAGCAUUGGAUGUACGAGGUGGACUCCGCUGUCCCCUUCUGCCACCGAGUUCUGCUGGGCAACAAGGCCGACCUGCAGAACCAUGUGGUGAGUGAGGAAGAGGCGCAGGAACUAGCAGAGGCCUACGGGAUGACUUAUUUGGCGACCAGCGCCAAGAGCGAGCGAAACCUCUCGGAGGCCUUGUACGCAAUGGCCUGCCGCCUGCCAGCGCCAGAGAGUGAGAGAUUGCCUUGCUGCGCCGCCGCGAAGGGUUGAUAUUUUGGGGGACGCGUUCAACGGGUUCCAACAAAUGGCC